GCUCGUACGGAAGCGCGCAAUACAAAAUGGAUACGGAAAACGUCCCCAACAAUCGCCUGGCGGCUUACAAACAUGGCUCCAAAUCGAACACGGAACUUCGGCAGCGGCGCCACGAGGUAACGGUGGAGCUGCGCAAGAACAAGAAGGAAGAUCAGCUGCUAAAACGACGCAACAUUACGGAAGAUGAUGGGCCAACGUCGCCGCUACAGGAAAACAACGCUCAAAGCCCGGUGACGCUCAAGUUCGACGAGAUCAUGCAGUACAUCCGCAGUGGGCAACCGGAGAAAGAACUUGCCGCGGUACAGGCAGCCCGCAAGAUGUUGAGCCGGGAGAAGAAUCCACCGAUUGAUAAAAUCAUUGGUCUGGGCAUGGUGCCGGUUUGCGUGAAGUAUCUUUCCGCAUCCGACCGGCCAGCGCUUCAGUUUGAGGCGGCCUGGGCACUAACAAACAUCGCGUCCGGUACGUCCGAGCAGACGAAGGUCGUAAUCGAAGCGAACGCCAUUCCACGCUUUAUAGAGCUGCUCCGAUCACCUUCGGUAACGGUAGCGGAACAGGCCGUGUGGGCACUCGGUAACAUUGCCGGCGAUGGAUCGAAGGCACGUGACAUUGUGCUGGAACACAACAGUGUGGACGCGAUCAUUGCGCUGGUGAGCAGUGGUAAUACGCAGAUCUCCUUCCUUCGCAACAUCGUGUGGCUGAUGUCGAACUUGUGCCGCAACAAGAAUCCGGCCCCACCGUUUAGCCGAAUCGAGCCAAUGAUUCCGGUACUGUCUGCGUUGCUCGAUCAUGAAGAUGCACAGGUACUGUCCGAUGCAUGCUGGGCACUGUCCUACGUCACCGAUGAUGAUGUAGUGAAGCUAGAUUCGGUCGUUGCGUCCGGUGCCGUGCCGAAGCUGGUCCGAUUGCUUGGGUCAAACAAUCCGGCCAUCAUUACACCGGCACUGCGAAGCGUCGGUAACAUUGUGACGGGAAAUGACACACAGACCGACGCUGUGAUAGCGGCGAACGCACUUCCGCUGCUCACGAAUCUGUUGCGCCACACUAAAAACACGAUCGUAAAGGAGGCGGCCUGGACGGUGAGCAACAUAACGGCCGGUAAUCAGAGCCAGAUUCAGCACGUACUGGAUUCGGGCAUUUUUAACGUGCUGAUCAAUGUGCUGGCGAACGGUGAUUUUAAAUCACAGAAAGAGGCUGCCUGGGCGGUCACCAACACAACUACGGGCGGCUCAACCGAGCAGAUCAUUCAGCUGGUUGAGAAGUACUCGAUUAUGAAGCCGUACUGUGAUCUGCUGGAGGCGAAGGAUACGCGCACCGUGCGGGUGGUGCUGAGCGGGGUGGCCAACAUUUUCCACAUCGCGGCCCAGAUCGGUGGCAUCGAGAAUCUGUGCACACUGUUCGAGGAGAUUGGUGCGCUGGACAAGCUGGAAACGUUGCAGAAUCAUGAGAACGAAGACAUCUACCAGAAGGCGCUGCAGCUGAUCGAGACGUACUUCUGCGAUGCGGAAGACGUCAAUCCGGAGUGUGCCCCGAAGGAAGUCAAUGGAGCGCUGGAGUUCAAUCCAACCACACCACAGGACGGUGGAUUCUCCUUCUAAUU